CCACAAAUCCUAAGCAGAUAAGCAAGCGGCUUAGUUGGUUUGAUAAAAUAUACCUACUUCCUUCUCGGUCGAUAAAAAAUUGAAAAUAGAUUUUGCUCACAAUUCAUUAGUUUAUUAGAGUGUUAAAAUAUGGCAGGAUCGGGCAGUUAUACUGUCAAUAGGAGAAAAGAUGCCUCCUUCAAGAAUUUUAUUUGUGCCCUUGUGGCCUUCUUGGCCAUGUUAAUAUUAAUCUCAAUUCUACUUUGGGCUUUAAGAAACCGAGGCAGUGGAAGUGAGAGUCUAUUAUCCACAACGCCAGUUCCAACCAAUGACACGGGUGAACAUUCAGCACACUUAAAUGGAUUUAUAACAGGCGAAAAAAGUAAAAAUGUCUCUACAACAACCCAUAGAAACACCCACAAGCCAGAAGAAAAAGACCCUAAUAACCAGGAAUCUGCAAAAACACCAGCAUUUGUACCAGGUGGUUCUCCAGAUACAACUACAGAAGCUGUUACAACCAAUAAAAACAAUUUACCAAGUUCUAGUUCCCAACCGAAUAGUGCUUUGGCUUCGCAGACACAAUCUUCGACUAUAUUUACUACCCCUGUUUCUAGUACAAUAGUGUCAUCUGCUACAACUGCGCUUUAUGCGGUUUCAAUUUCGACUAAAUUAGCUGAAACUUCACUAAAGCCUACAAGAGAAACUCCUACCGCAGUAACAACAACUGUUGAAACAACUACUCUACCAACAACAACAGAAAGUAAUCCUCAAAAAACAAAUAUUAGUGAUAAUUCAUCAGAUACAACUACAGAAGUUGUUACAACCAAUAUAAACAAUUUACCAAGUUCUAGUUCCCAACCAAAUAGUCCUUUGGCUUCGCAGACACAAGCUACAACUAGAUCGACUACACCUGUUUCUAGUACAACAGUGUCAUCUGCUACAACUACGCUUACCACGACUUUAAUUCCGAUUAUAUUACCUAAAACUUCAGUAAAGCCUACGACAGAAACUCCUACCACAGAAACAACAACUGUUGAAACAACUACUCUACCUACAACAACAGAAAGUAAUCCUCAAGAAACAAAUAUUAGUGGUGGUUCAUCAAAUACAACUACAGAAGUUGUUACAACCAAUAUAAACAAUUUACCAAGUUCUAGUUCCCAACCAAAUAGUCCUUUGGCUUCGCAGACACAAGCUACAACUAGAUCGACUACACCAGUUUCUAGUACAACGGUGUCAUCUGCUACAACAAAGCUUACUACGACUUUAAUUCCGAUUAUAUUACCUAAAACUUCAGUAAAGCCUACGACAGAAACUACUACCACAGAAACAACAACUGUUGAAACAACUACUUUACCUACAACAACAGAAAGUAAUCCUCAAGAAACAAAUAUUAGUGGUGGUUCUUCAGAUACAACUACAGAAAUUGUUACAACCAAUGGAAACAAUUUACCAAGUUCUAGUUCCCAACCAAAUAGUCCUUUGGCUUCGCAGACACAAGCUACAACUAGAUUUACUACACCUGUUUCUAGUACAACAGUGUCAUCUGCUACAACUUCGCUUACUACGACUUUAAUUCCUAUUAUAUUACCUAAAACUUCAGUAAAGCCUACGACAGAAACUCCUACUACUACUACAGUAAAACAUUUAGAAACUACUAAAGCCAAUGUUACCGCAGAAACAACAACUGUUGAAACAACUACUACAGAAAGUAAUCCUCAAGAAACAGAUUUUAUACCUGAUUAUUCUGAGGAAAGUGUGGAAGUAGUUGAUACAACUAAAAAAACCAAUUUAGUGUCUUCUGGUUCUCCUACUACUUUGGCUUUUCAGUCCCAAGCUACAACUAUAUUGACUAAAACUGUUUCUAGUACAACAGUGUCACCUGCUACAACUAAGCUUACUAGCACUUUAGUUCCGACUGUAUUAGUUGCAAAUUCAGUAAAACCUACAACAGAAACGCCUACUACUACUACAGCAAAACAUUUAGAAACUACUAAAGCCAAUGAUGUUGCAGAAACAACAACUGUUGAAACAACUACUCUAACUACUACAACAGAGAGUAAUCCUCAAGAAACAGAUUUUAUACCUGAUUAUUCUGAGGAAAGUGUGGAAGCAGUUGAUACAACUAAUAAAACCAAUUUAGAGACUUCUAGUUCGCCUACUACUUUGGCUUCUAAGUCCCAAGCUACAACUAUAUUGACUAAACCUGUUUCUAGUACAACAGUGUCACCUGCUACAACUAAGUUUACUACUACUUUAGUGCCGACUAUAUUAGUUGCAACUUCAGUAAAACCUGCGACAGGAAAUACGUGCGAAGAGGGCGUUUGCAAACGUGCCGCUUCUGUCAUGCUUGCCAUGAUGAACCAUGAAGAUAAUCCCAAAGUAUGCGAUGACACACAAAAUAUGGACUACUUCAGCGUUAUUUGUGACAAGCCUGGCGAAAGUAGGAAUUCUAGAUUCUUCAAGUCAAGUUUCAGAAAUUUCUACAAAAAACUCAAUGAGUCUACAGAAGAUUCGGUCAAAUUUUUCUUGGAAUUCUACGAAAGCUGUAAUAAAUUUGAGAAUUCUGUGCAUCGUCUGAACAGAACUAAAGCUCUUUCAGGUACUGGUGGCGCAGAUGUUACUGAAACAGUAAUUAAAUCUAUUUUAGCAGAAUCAAUGCCAUUUUUUGACUUGGGUUUAAACAUUGUAGAGGACGAAUUUGUGUUUGAGAUUUCUCUACCUGGAGUUAAUUACCUUAAGACAAAAGUCAAAGGAUGGUCGGUGGUAGAUCAAUCAAAAGACUUUUGUAUCGCAGCCGAAGCAGGCACGAUCAGCCAGGACGUUAUUGAAUUAAACAAAAGAUCAGAAAAUAUUAAUUCUUGUAUCAAGGAAAUAACAAAUGGAUACAUUAACGAGUUUUUGAUAGAAAUGCAAGAGUUAACUUCAUCACUCUCUUCAGGAAAGGACAAUCUGGAGGCUAUCGUAAAAUCAGGACAAAGCAGUAACGACCUAAUAGCAAUUCUAGAUAGCAUACAGGAAAGCUGGAAGGUAUACAGAUCUGACAAAGAUCCCUCAGUAAAGCAGAAAAUGAUGACCUUGACGGAGCUUAGUACCAAAUACGCUUUGGGAUUUGAUUGGAUAGCUGUAUUAAGCAAAGUGACAACUGGUGCCAUUGCUGGUGAUACCAAAGUCUAUUUUUCUGAAUAUCUUGAUCAGCCUUUUACGACAUUAGCUAGUAAAACUGCGGGUCUAAAAGACAUGUUGGAUUUAUGGUACAGUGUUCAAAUGUACAAAAACGUUGUUAUGGAGAAACAAACCGGCAAUCUAGGACAUUACUGCAUGCAACUUACUUCUGAACUUAUUCCAGAACUUAGUUCCCACAUAAUAUAUGAGUUAAACAAUAAGAAAGAACACGAAGAAUUAUAUGCACUAGUUGAUACGUUAUUAAAUAAUCUUAAAACUCGUUUUGAAAAUUCCUUGGAACAAGCUAAAUUUGUGACAGAUUCUUACAAAAUUCUAGGAGACAGAAUUAAUCAACUGCAAUUAUCAAGACCGCAAGCAAUUAGUCUUACAGAUGUAUCGAUUUCAAAAAUAAAUGGUGUGUAUCAAGACCAACUGUAUCAACUGAUGGAGCAUUACAAAAAACAAAUCUAUAAUCAAGUUGGGCAGACUAUAACACCAGAAAUAUUAUUAAAACUUUUCGUUGGAGCAUUCGAGACUGAGCCAAAGACCUAUCCUCCAAACAGAAAAAUUGUGUUCCAACCAGGAUUUGUAUCUGACAUGAACAAAAAUGUGCCCUAUUACAUCAGAGUAGCGAAGCAUGGACUUCUACUUGCCGAACAAAUAGCGAAACAAUUCAUUAAAAAUGAUUUUACUGAUCUUGCAUCAGAAGAAGCUACUCUUUAUGAGGAUUUAUUCAAAACGUUGGAUACUAAAUAUCUAGUAGAUAAUUCAUUUUACACGAUUGAGAAUGUCAAGUGCCAAGUUGAGGAUGAAUCUGGCAACAAUUUAAAAUACGAAACUAUAGUAGGAGACAACUUAGCUUUUAGGCUCGCAACUGAUACCUUCCUUGAGGAUACCAGCAAGGACACUUUACCUUUCCUCGCUGAUUAUAAUAGAAACAAAACAUUUUUAAUAAAUGCUUUGCAAGAUUUCUGCAAACCAAACAAUGUCGCAGACUUCAUAGGAGAUUUUUAUAACAAGGAAACCAUUCCAGCACCCCUUAGAAUCAGAAAUAUGGCAAAGAACUCGCAAUUAUUUGCGGAUACGUUUAAUUGUAAAGAUAAUUUUGAAAGGAAGCAAUUUCCUUUUUUAAAACCAGUUAACCCUUAAGACAUGUAGUUUUUAUUAAAGACAAAAUAUUCCUUUUUAUUUUAGACUA